AUGUCUCACAGCGAUCUGCUUGCGAUGAGGAAGGCAGCAUGCGCAGCCUAUGUCCCCGGAAUCGGAACUUCAUAUGGAUACGUACCAAGCCUAGGGGCAGGUAUUACCUUCUGUGUUCUAUUUGGAGUUUCCAUGAUCGCUCACACGGUGCAACUGUGCUGGAAGCGGACAUGGUGGUGUGUGGUGUUUAGCAUUGGCUGUAUGGUUGAAUUAAUCGGAUGGGCGGGACGAACAUGGUCCCACGAUUGUCCAUACAACGACACCGCAUUCCUAAUGCAGAUUUCCACCCUCAUUAUUGCGCCCACCUUCUUCACCGCAGGCAUCUACGUCCUCCUGGGACGCUUCAUCCAGAUCCUCGGCCGCGAAUCAUCCAUUCUAUCGCCAAGUCUGUAUCUCUGGAUCUUCUGCACCUGCGACGUGAUCUCGCUCGUCGUCCAAGCCAUCGGUGGCGGCAUGGCCUCUGCGGGAGUCGACGACGGAAACACCGGCACCGGAACAGACAUCAUGGUUGCCGGUAUUGUAUUCCAGCUGUUCUCGAUCACUAUCUUCGUUAUCUGUGCGGUCGAUUUCGCCUUCCGUACUGUGCGUCGCCGCCUGCUGCAGAAGUUAUCGGGCUCAGUGGUCCCGCUGCUGGCUGCCAUGGUUCUCUCCGUGAUGGUCAUUUACGCGCGGAGCAUCUAUCGUACUAUCGAGUUGGUGCAGGGUUGGUCGGGCUAUCUGAUUACCCAUGAAGUCUACUUCAUUGCCCUUGACGGUGCCAUGAUGGUUAUUGCUGUGGGGGUGUUCAACUUCUUGCACCCUGGCUGGUUGCUUCCGGAGAAUGUCGAGCAUAAGAAUGAUUACAACUCGGAGAUUGAGCUGCAGCGCGCCGCCUAG